AACUUGUCUCUGUCCUGUCGAUACGAUUAUCUCUGUAAACGGUGCUGGCAUCCUCUCCACCUUUUUACAGUUUUACUUCGCACGUUCUUUGCUCCCGAAUCUCUGUGAUACUCUCACUUUUCCACUCGUUCCAGGCUUCCAGCUUUACUCUCUUUGUAUUCAUUCUCUUUCUUUCAUUGGAAUCUCCGUUCAUAUAUUCAGGCUAUAGUCGCCGGAAUCUGGCUCGAUUUUUCUGAUAAGAAUGGAAGAUUAUUUGCAGCUUUUCGUGGACGAAACCAACUUUUACAACCGUAUUGUUCUUGGCAGCUUUUUGCCGGAGAAUCUCUGGAAACCGCUCCCUCACUUCCUCCAAACGUGGAUUCGGAAUUACAUUGGAGCAACGGCCAUUUAUUUCAUCUCUGGAUUUCUAUGGUGCUUCUAUAUCUACUACUGGAAGCGAAAUGUUUAUCUUCCUAAAGAUGCCAUCCCUUCAAACAAGGCCAUGUUUUUGCAAACAUUUGUUGCAAUGAAGGCCAUGCCAUGGUAUUCUGCUCUUCCAACACUUUCAGAGUACAUGGUUGAGAAUGGCUGGACAAGGUGUUUUUCUAGAAUAAAUGAUAUUGGAUGGUCUGGUUACCUUGUGUAUUUGGUAGUAUAUUUAGCAAUUGUUGAAUUUGGGAUUUACUGGAUGCAUAGAGAGUUGCACGACAUAAAACCUCUGUACAAGUAUCUUCAUGCAACACAUCACAUCUACAACAAGCAGAACACACUUUCUCCAUUUGCAGGUUUGGCAUUUCAUCCACUGGAUGGGAUUCUGCAAGCAGUUCCGCAUGUAGUAUCACUCUUCCUUGUGCCAACCCAUUUCACAACUCACAUGGUUCUCUUGUUCCUUGAGGCUAUAUGGACGGCAAACAUUCAUGACUGCAUUCAUGGCAACGUAUGGCCUAUCAUGGGUGCUGGCUACCACACAAUUCACCACACUACAUACCGGCAUAACUAUGGCCAUUACACAAUAUGGAUGGAUUGGUUGUUUGGAACUCUUCGUGAUCCUUUGUCAGACUCAGCAAAGAUGAUUUGAUGUGGUAAUGUGGCCUUUCUACUUGCGGUGCAGGCAGACCCUGGGGCCUUGAAUCUGCUUGUGUUGCCUAAUGAGCGUUGUCGUUUGGUUCUUUCCCCCUUGUAUUUGGUUAGGCUGGUGUAGUCGGUGUGUAAAUUAUGAUGAUUAAGUUGCUGCUAAAAUUGAUCUAUUUCUGUCUGUCUGAUCCUUCUUCUUUGGAUCAUUAACCUGGAUGGUGGUGUAGAUGAUUCAGUUGAAAACUUGAAAUAAAGAACCCCUACUAUUAGAAGAUCGA